AUGAACAAAACUGUCGCCGACAUGACCUUCUCUUGCUUUGCGACCGGUAACCAGAUGGUCAAGUGUGACCCUAGGGAGGGCAAGUAUGUCCCCUGUUCAGUGCUCCCAACAUCUCAUUGGCUUCCACCCCCUGGUUUGUCCACCAGUACACAGCUAUCCUGUUUCCUCCUUGUGCAUCAAGAGUGGUUGAAAUUGGGAAAUAUGGUGUAUGGACGGGCGGGGCAAACGUCCAAUUAUGUGCGUUCGGUUGGCGUUAAGACACAUCCGAACCAUCUGGCUAGCAUCUGGGCCACGGGCGAAGCAUCAGAAUCAGUUACGUGCCGUCUGGAUGGCAUCUUGACAACCGUGGCUACAAUCGUGAUGAUUCCGCUACCCGUUUUGACGCGUUGCCAAUGCGGCAAGCGUCAAAACCCAUCCAGACCCGAUCUCAGGCUUGCUUGGUGCAUCCCAUCAACAUUUGGAAAGAGGCAACACCACUGUCAAGCAGUGAUAUGCUGGAUACAGAGCAGGCAUGACUUGUUAGAUUAUCUGUCUGCAAAUACUGAGGAUAUUGCCAUGUAUGAUGGGAAAAUGACUAAUACUUUGCCACCCUGUUCUCUGCCUGAUGUACUGGCCACCUCUCCACUGUCCCCUGAUAACCUAGAUGCAUCCCUAGCAUGCAAUCCUCCUGAGACUGAAAUUUUUUUUGCUUCAUCAUCAGCCUUGCAGUCUGCUCCACCACUUGACCUUGAGUGUUUCAACAUCUCCAAUCCAAACAGGGAGCUGACCAAGGUUAAAAACAAUGCUAUUAAGUUGUACAGCCUCAUUUUUGCAACAGCUCUGAGCACAAGACAGCAGCUUGAGCAUGGCAGUGCAGAAGCAUCCAAUCAAGUUACUCAAGCGCUUACUGAAGACCAUCGCAAUGCACGUGGCAGUGACAUCAGAGGCAUCAAAGACAAAAUUGCCCUGUGGUACUCCUUUGAAGGCAUGAACCUGGCUGCCUUCACAAAUGUGUAUCACACCCUUGGAUUCCAGUCUGCAGUGACUGCAGCACUUCUCUGCCCCAUCACGUAUGACUGGAACAACCCCAACACUGCUAUUGGGGGUCAAGGGGACUCAAACACGUGCCAGAGCAAUGCAGCUCUGCACAACAUCAGGACAUUUAGCUGGGUGUCUGUGGCCUAUGUUACUACCCUGGUCCAUUUUGUCCUCUUAUCAAUCAAUAAGAGGGGCAAGCAAAGCUCUGGCUCUGCCCAUGAACUCUCCUAUAACCCAAUCUUGCAUGUCAUCAAUGGCAAUGGUAUUGAUGUUAUCUGGCACAAUAUGUUCUGUGAAUGGUGGCAGCGUUGUAUCUUUGGUAACAACAAUGUCAACAACAAAAAGAGUGGUGCUGGGCCUGUGCUAGCAGCACUGCACAGCCAGUAUAAUUAG